GGUGACGCAAAGAGCCCCCCAUUCCACCCCCAGGCCGCCCACUCACCACCUCCGCGCGGCCCCCUGCUAUCAUGUACCUUCCGCCAUUUUCCCGCCUGCGAGGCCUGGCUGAUCGCGCGUUCGCUUCGGAGUAUCGGGACCCUGGGGAGGCGAGGGAGUGAUUCGUGGUGACAGACGUGUGUCCUGCGGGGUUGCAGGAAAGAUGAAUGGGAGGGCUGAUUUUCGAGAGCCGAAUGCAGAAGUUCCAAGACCAAUUCCCCACAUAGGGGCUGAUUACAUUCCGACAGAGGAAGAAAGAAGAGUCUUCGCAGAGUGCAAUGAUGAAAGCUUCUGGUUCAGAUCUGUGCCUUUGGCUGCAACAAGUAUGUUGAUUACUCAAGGAUUGAUUAGUAAAGGAAUCCUUUCAAGUCAUCCCAAAUAUGGUUCCAUCCCUAAACUUAUAUUUGCUUGUAUCAUGGGAUAUUUUGCUGGAAAGCUUUCUUACGUGAAAACUUGUCAAGAGAAGUUCAAGAAUCUUGAGAAUUCCCCUCUUGGAGAAGCUUUACGCUCAGGACAGGCACGGCGAUCUUCACCAUCUGGGCACUAUUCUCAGAAGUCAAAAUAUGACUCACAUGCGAGUGGUCACUCAUCAUUUGUGACGUCUCCGGCCGCAGACAACAUAGAAACAGAGAUGCUUCCUCAUUAUGAGCCAGUUCCAUUCAGUGCUUCUAUGAAUGAGUCUGCUCCCACUGGUAUUACUGAUCAUAUUGCCCAAGGACCUGAUCCCCACCCUGAAGAAAGUCCUAAAAGAAAAAGUAUUACAUAUGAGGAAUUAAGGAAUAAGAACAGAGAGUCAUAUGAAGUAACUUUAACACAUAAGACUGACCCCUCAGUAAGGCCUAUGCAGGAAAGAAUGCCAAAAAAAGAAGUCAAAGUAAACAAAUAUGGAGAUACUUGGGAUGAGUGAAAAAUUGCCUCAUUGGACCUGAAGGCGUUUCAAUGUCCAGCUGCAUCCAGGUGGUCAUGAAUACCGGCAUGCCUCGUGCUCAGCAGCAGUCUUCAUAAACACAUUUUAAACUAGAACCUGGGUUCUUGUGGUUUGGCUUAUUAAAUGAUGUUUAAAAACAGAUUUUAAUGUGAAUGUUGUAUGAAUAUAUUCACCUUGAGGAACUGUAUGAAUGAUGGUAUUAAACCAUGAUCACAGGCAGUUUGUGAAAUUGUUUUAAGUGGCAGGGGAAGGAUACUCUUAUAAAACUAUAAAGAGUCUGUAAUGCUCUAGGAUCAACAUCUAUGAAAAUAAAUGAUAGCUGCAUGUUGAUUGGGGUGGGUGGGGGGAGCAAGCCUAAUUUUAAGUGUUAAGCUUUACAUCCAAAAAAUCAUUAAAAAGCCUUUCUCCAGUGUUUGCUGUAUUCACUUAUGAAUGUUUAUGGUAAAUAAAAUAUAAAAGAACAUUCAUCUUCAUCGAUUUCAUGGUUUCAUUGUAAUCUCUUUAUAAGUAAGUGGUGUUUCAUAGGGAUAGGAAAUAAAGUCAUCUGUUUCUGAAUAAUGAUACAGUGAAUGUGACUCAUGUAAAUUAAUGGACAUGUAAAUAGUGCAGCGCCUCAAAGCAGUAGUCAUGUUUGAAAUAUUUGCAAACUCCACAGGAAUAAAAAUUGGUAUACUUCA